AUGUUAGAUCUAGAAAAUAUGAACUCAGGGGAAAAAGAUUUAGCUUUAUUAUGCCAAAUUUGUAAUGUAGAAAAAUAUAAAUAUCGUUGUCCAAAAUGUCAAUACAAAACAUGCUCACUAAUUUGUUGUAAGCAACAUAAGGAAGAAUAUAAUUGUGAUGGUAUAAAGCCUCCAUUUGUUCCUAUAUCAAAAUUUAGUGAAUUUAAUGAUGAAAAAAGUAUUGAAGAUCAAAAAUUUCUUCAUAACUUGUCACAAUCAAUUUUAAAGGAUAAUGAAUAUGGACAAAAAAGAAGAAAUCCUUAUAAUCAAAAUUAUGAAAAUUUUAAUUCAAAUGGUAGAAAAAAUAAGGAAAGAAAAUUGGAUGAAAGAUUUGAUGGUGAAAAUUUAAACGACAAUUUAACUGAGAUUGAUGAUAAUAAUGAUAGUGAAAAAAAUAUUAAUUAUUUAAAUAAUCAAGAUAAACAAUUAUUUUCAAAUUGCCAUAAAAAACGUAUAUGGUUACAAUAUAAUGAAGAUAAGAAUUUUGAAGGCUCAAGGUAUGAAUCAUACUCAGAUGUUAUCAAUUGGAGUAUUAAAUUAGAAUUUGUUAAAGAAUUUAAUGAUGAUGGUACAGUCAAGGUAGAGAAAUGUGAAGAUUCAAGUCAAUGUAAAACUGAAGAAGAAUUUACUAGUGGUUCAGGAGAUACUGAAAUUGAAGAACAUUCAACUUUGGAAGAUACUGAGCAAUCAUCUGAUAUAAGUAAUGCUGAGGAAACUCCAACACCUAGUGUUCAUGAGACUCCUAAAGAAUCACAGUUGAUUAAUGAAUGUUCUUCUGUUAAUGAAAAUAAAAGCGAUGAAGGUGUUUCAGAAAUAGCAGAUGCAUCACCUUUAGAAGAAGGAGAAUGUGAAGAGAGUGAUAACGAACCUCCAGAAGAAGUAAGUUCAAAAGUUGUACCUGUAGAAGAAGAGACGAAAAUUGAAUGUAUUGAACCAGAAAAAGACAAAGAAAUAUUUUAUGAAGACACUAAGGAAGUUGAAACCAAAGAAAAAGGGCGUUUCACAUACAUUGCAAGAAACAUUGUUGAAUCUAUUAAAGUUUCUACAUUAAUCAGGCAAUUUAUCAAACCAAAACCUUACGGUGUUGUGGUAAGUAAAUCAGAAUUAAACAACGAAACUAUGUCACAUUUCAUAAAUGCUGGAUUGGACAAUAUUAUUGUUUAUAUGAAAGUGCCUUUUGAAGGAAAAGAAAGAUACUAUGUUAUCGACAUGAAUAAAAGUAUCUUAGAUAAUCUAAGAAAUCGAUACAUUUUGAAUGUACCAACUUUUAUUAUCACUUUAAAUACGGAAUUUUCUAAAAUUAAAACUCUCUCUGAGAUUGAAUCUCUUGAACUUCAUGAAUACUUCAAGGGAAAAAGAAACAGACACAACAACGGAGGUAAACAAAAUAACCAUCAAAAUAAUGAUCGUAAUGCUUUUGGAAGAAAAAACUUCAAUCGUAAUCAACGGGGUAGAUUUAAUAAUAGACGAGGAAGAAAUUAG